CUCUGGCGCAAGCUUGCUCGUCUUGCCUGUAACUUUGUGGUCAUCUUCAUUCCCUGGGAAAUGAGGAUAAAGAAAAUCGAGAGUCAUUUUGGAUCCGGCGUGGCUUCCUACUUCAUAUUCUUGAGAUGGUUAUUUGGAAUUAACGUCAUGCUCACAAUUAUGACGGGCGCUUUUAUUGUCCUCCCCGAGCUGAUCGCAGGCCAGCCCUUUGGAAGCACGGCCAGCAAGACCAUCCCCAGGGAGCAGGCUGCGUCCGCCCAGGACCUGGACACCAUCUGGUCCCUGGGGGGCCACCUGCAGUACUCAGCCCUCUUCUACGGCUACUAUGGCAGAGAGAGGAGGAUUGGGAGGGCUGGCUACCGGCUGCCCUUGGCCUAUUUUCUGGUGGGGAUGGCAGUGUUUGCAUACAGCUUCAUCAUUCUCUUGAAAAAGAUGGCCAAGAACUCCCGCACCAGCCUUGCCAGCGCCUCCGAUGAGAACUACACCUUCUGCUGGCGGGUGUUCUGCGCCUGGGACUACCUCAUUGGAAACGCAGAGGCCGCCGAGAGCAAGACAGCCGCCAUCCUGAACAGCAUCCGGGAGGCCAUUCUGGAAGAGCAGGAAAAGAAGAAAAGCAAAAACCUGGCAGUGACCAUCGGCCUGAGGAUCGUGGCCAACGCCCUGGUGCUCCUGUCCCUGGCGGGGAGCAUCUGCCUCAUCUAUUUCGUGGUGGACCGGUCCCAGAGGCUGGAGCGGUCAAAGAAGGAGCUGACGCUUUGGGAAAAGAAUGAGGUGAGUGUGGUGGUCUCUCUCGUCACCAUGCUAGCACCCUCUGCCUUUGACCUCAUCGCCGCUCUGGAGAUGUACCACCCUCGGACCACACUGCGCUUCCAGCUGGCGAGGGUCCUCGUGCUGUACCUGGGGAACCUCUACAGCCUGAUCAUCGCCCUCCUGGACAAGGUGAACAGCAUGAGCACUGGGGACGCUUCUGCGGGGAACGGCACGCGUCCCCGGGUGGAUCCCGCCGCCUUCUUCGCGACCAGGGUGACCUAUGAGGACGGAACAUGGUCCACACCACCCGCAAGGCCAGGGUCAGGACUCGGGAGGAACAGCACCUGGGGCCUGGAAGAGACGCGCGUGCCAGCUUACCCCACACCCCUCCCCGGGGCCAACAGCACCGCGCCGCCCCCCCAGAGCCCCCAGGACCAGUGCUGGGAGACCUACGUCGGCCAGGAGAUGCUGAAGCUAUCUGUCAUCGACAUGCUCUUCACCGUGGCAAGUAUCCUGCUCAUCGACUUCUUCCGGGGGCUUUUCGUUCGCUACUUAAGCGACUACUGGUGCUGGGACCUGGAGAGCAAGUUCCCUGAAUACGGGGAGUUCAAAAUAGCUGAGAAUGUGCUGCACCUCGUGUACAACCAAGGGAUGAUCUGGAUGGGGGCCUUCUUCUCCCCGUGCCUCCCAGCGUUCAACGUGCUCAAGCUCAUCGGCCUCAUGUACCUGCGGAGCUGGGCUGUGCUCACCUGCAAUGUGCCCCACCAGCAGGUGUUCCGGGCAUCCAGGUCCAACAACUUCUACCUGGCGAUGCUCCUCUUCAUGCUCUUCCUGUGCAUGCUGCCCACCAUCUUCGCCAUUGCCCGCUACAAGCCAUCUCAGAACUGUGGGCCGUUCAGCGGACAAGAGAAGAUUUACCACAUCCUGUCCGAGACGGUGGAGAACGACUUCCCGGUGUGGCUCCGCUCCGUGGCGAGCCACGCCACCAGCCCCGUGGCCAUCCUGCCAGCGGUGCUGCUUCUCUUCAUGCUCAUCUACUACCUGCAGAGCAUUGCCCGGUCACUCAGGCUCAGCAACCAACAGCUCCGGAUGCAGAUACAAAAUGCAAGAUCUGAAGAUAAGAAAAAGGCUGCCCAAAUGAUAGAGGUGCGAAUCCAGACGCAGGAGGAGAGCAGCAAGGGGCUUCCCCGGGACGGCCCCAGCCAGCUGGCCUCCGCCCAGGACAGUGGGAGCCUGGCCCGUUUUGACUCCCUGAGCAACAAAAGUGGCAAAGUAGAGACAAUCGCCCACCCUGUGCCCCCGAGUCCUGGGCUGGGGCAUGGUGGUCGCUGCUCACCUCUGCCUGAUGGCUCCAAACGGAGGCCAGAACACCAUACCCACAGGUGGCGACGCGGGCUGUGUGCGAGCACGGGUGACCUGUACCAGAGCAGACCCUGCGCCCCCGUGACGUGUGCACAGCACACGCAGGAACCAGUCAGCACCCCUGGCUGUGGGCCCAGGGUCCCGGCCCCCACGGCACAUGGUCGUAGACCCCAGACCCCCAAAUACCUCAUCAUGGACGAACGCAACUCUCACAGAAAAGCACAGCCAACGUUCCGGCCAGAGAGGCAUUUCAGGAUAGAUGCUUCUGGUGACUUGGAGCGGCACGCCAGGGGCAUGUCCCAGCAUGUGUCCUGGGUACCGCUCCGGCCUCGCUCUCCACAGCUGAGUGAGGAAGAGGAGGAGGCCAUGCUGAGGAGAGGCUUGGUCCCGUGGCCACUCCCCACCCGCUCUCUGACUGACCUCCCUGGGGCUCCUCACGUUUAUAUUGGCAAAAGGUCAGAAAGUGGCAUUUUCAAUCCUGAGUACCAGGGAAAUACAUCCUGCAGGCCGGGGGAUUUUGGCUUUGAGUGCCAACCUGACCAACCCACAUCUGUGUACAGAAAGCCAUGUUCCCGAAACGGCCAGUACCCGCAGCCCCCUCUGAAGGCCUGGGGCAAGCCGGCCUUCACGGAGUCUGACUCCAUGUCGGCAGCGUCCAGCAGCGACCAGCAGCACAGCAGCGCUGACCAGUACCUUCAAGCCACCCACGACCAGGGAGAGUUCCGGAGGCCUGCUGGCCAGCUAGGCAGAAGCAAGGCCAAGUCUGGGCAGGUGCUGGUGGCAGGUCUGAAUGACCUGGUUUGCUCAAAUGUCUAG